UUAAGAAAAAAACUGGCAGAAAUGUGAUUAAAAUAUUUUACCUAGCUAUCUCUCUCUUCAUCAUCGUUUCAUCUCCUGAUCCGUUUUUGUUUAGGGGGAGGGGAUAGUUGUUAAUCUCACAAUAGGGCCGCCUCUUAAGCACCUCUAUGUGUGACUGUGCCUGUUGAGUUGUUAAUCUGAUCUCAGCAUUGCUCAAGUCCAACUUUUAUUGCUUGACAGAAGUUUCCCUUAAGUGCAGUGUGAAAUCUCAAAUCAAAAUGAUGAUUCAUCAAAACCCCCAAACCCUCCUUACAAGGUGACCAGGUGUACAGCAAUUUGGUAUCAAGGAAAGAGUUACAAUGAUGAUCCAGCUUCCCCGGAGACUGCUGUUAUGUUUCAUAGCUGUGGUGGGAAUCGGAUUGUUGGCAUUAUUUGUAGUGUGCACGGCACUGCAGAUUCAAACGCCAUGGGAAAAACCAACCAGGUUCCACAUGAAGCACUACAGGUUGUAUUACCAUAAAAACAACAUCCACAACAGUUUGAACUAUCAACUGUAUUCUGAAAAUGAAGAGAGCAUUGCUGAUGAUCAACUGUCUUCUGAAAAUGAACUGGAAAUUAUUGAAAAGCUAAGGCAGAAUUUGAUCAACAAACUAUCUUCUCACAAUAAACCGGACAUUACUGAAGAUCUAGAGCGGAAUUCAGUCGAUCAAUCAGAUCUUCCAGAUUCAUCAAACUCAAAAUACACACAACCUGACAUUACAAAUCUAAACACAAACCCUUCCAGGACAGUGCCAGAAAAUGGGACAGAAAUAGUCAUCCCAGUAAAACCCACUAUGGCAGAAUUUUUUGGUGACCAGUAUGCUGUGGAUGAUGUUCCUUCACAAACAGACUGUCCAAACAAUAUCAGAAAGCGUGUACCUCAGACCAACUUCUCUGAGAUGUUUCUACAAACAAUUCCAGUCCUGCAGUGGGCAAAGCAUUUUACUCCAAAAGAGUACCAGCGAUUGAAACGUUAUGGUGGAUCUCAUGGCUGGGGAAAUGUUUCUGUCGAUGUGUUGAAUAGCUCACUGGGGAUUUUAAACACAUCAGCAAAUCGGUUAAUGUUUGACGACUGGGAGCAAAGGAAAAGCAGAUCGCAGUGCAUCCGCUGUGCCGUGGUGGGAAACGGAGGAAUACUGAAUGGAUCAAAAAAAGGCAAAGAGAUUGAUGAGCAUGAUUAUGUGUUCAGGGUGAAUGGUGCGCUUUUAAAGGGGUUUGAGGAGGAUGUGGGAUCUCGAACAUCUUUUUAUACAUUCUCAACAAACACCAUGCGAAACUCCAUGAAUAAUUAUGGUGGAUUGGGCUACCGGGGACCACCAGUAACCGAGGAGACCAGAUACAUUUUUUUGCCAGAUCACGACCGAGAUUACAUUCUUAUGAGAGCGGCCGCCACACAUACAGUCAUUGAAAAAGGCCCUGAGAGCAGCAAAACACCACCUAAAUACUUUGGUGAAAAUGUGACUGUGAAAAACUUCAAAAUGUACCACCCGGAUUUUGUCCGUUAUCUUAGAAACAGGUUCUUGCAUUCAAGCCGUUUGAAAACAGGUGCAAGAAAGAUUUACAGACCAACCACAGGAGCGGUGAUGCUCCUGGCUGCUCUUCAUACGUGUGAUCAGGUUGAUGCUUACGGGUUCAUGACUCCAAACUGGACUUCAUUCUCGGACCACUACUAUGACAAAAAGAGAAAGCCUGUCAUUUUUUAUGUCAAUCAUGACAUGCGUAUGGAAAUGAAGUUGUGGAAGGAGUUGCAUGAAGCCGGACUGAUAAAUCUCUUUACGCGUAACUGAGAACGCUCUGUACAAGGUGUUUAUUUAAACUAAAAAGAGUGUCAUUUGGCCACAGGAUAAACUUGUUCUUCUUUUCAAACCUUUAUUUGGGAUCUCUGCUUCAAAAGGUGAAGAUCAGACCUUGUUUAGUUGUUUCAUGGGGCACUGCACUGAUAUGUGCCUUAUCUCAGUAAAUUAUCUAUGCGAAAGACACAGAAUCAACCAAAGAGGUUAUUUUAUUGUGGUAUAUGAAUGUAAGCAUUUGUAGAUGGUCUGUCCAUAAUGUCCUUGUUGCGUCAGGCGUGGAGAUCUACAUAUGUAGGGUUUUCUGUUUUAAGGAGGACUUAGACUAUUUAAGCUUUAAAGUGCAAUAUCCGAAAUUCAUUAAACAAGCUGUUUGAAUUGAAAUAUGAAUUGUUUUGAUCUGUUCUGCUCGGUUUGGUUACACUGUAAAAAAAAAUGUUGCACCCCUAAAUUGUUUAUUAAAAUUAAAUGUGAAAGUCAUUUCAACUUCAUUUUUUUUAUUUUGGCCAGUAAAGAAUAUAAUAUUUAUAAUAUUUAACUUAUGUUAAAAUAAGUUAAAACAAUGUAUAAACAUUUGUAAAUAUAACUUUAAAUCACAAAAUGUAUUUUUAACAAUUUUGUUUUUUACUUUAAUUCUUUAAAAUAGGUUUAAAAAAUUUAACUUGCGUUACUGAGUUACAGCAACUGGUCAAAAUAUGAAACAGUAAGUUGUAAUAACUUUAAAGGUCAGUUUGAUUGUACUUAAAAUUUGUAAGGCAACAAAAUAGUUUUUAUACAGUGUCUCAUACUAUCUUUUGACUGUAACUGACUUCAACAUUUUACUACCAAAUUAAUUUUAAACUAUUACUUCUGGUUGCUUUUAAAAGGUUUAGGGAUUUAACUUUUUCCCUUUUAUAUGAAGGAGUAAAUUAUUUUUGGUAACAGAUACAAAAUCACAAAUGAUCAGACAAUGAAAGACGACACUGAACAUGACAGUGUGGUGUAUUUAAAGUUGUAAUUAAAAAUAAAUCUUUUGAAGAUGUGUUGUUGUUUAUAAA